AUGGCCGAAGCUAUCAUGGCCGAAGAAGGUCUUCCGGAGACAACGCCCUUGUACCGGUUCCAAGGUAUGGAGCAUUGUGUACGCAGCUUUGAGCUUGAAAUCGAUCGGUUUGAAACGGAAGGUCAGGGUUGUGGUUACGUGGUGUUUACCCAUGUGGAUGAUCGUGCCUUCGGCGAGUGUUUCGAGGAGUCCAGAGAAAAGCUCCUCAUGCAUGCCUGCAAAACCUACAACUUCACCACUCACUUUGUGGUUCUCAGAAUGCCGUCCCGCAUGCACGAGCGCGCCCAUCGAGCUUUCUCUGCUAUUUUUGAUACCUGGCAGCGUGGUCAGAGCAACCGUCUUGAAUCUAUGGGAGGCGCAGAACAGUUCCUGGGGAGAAAUCCAGAAGAGGAAAAAGAUCCAGAAUGGCCGACGAUCGUUGUGGAGGUUGGAUGGACUGAGGCUACUCCAGCUUUGAUGAAAGAUUGUCUCUUCUGGCUCCGAGAGUCCGGCGAGGAAGUCAGGGUGGCGCUCUCCUUCAAGGUCUACGUGUCGGGACAAAUCACGAUUCAGCAAUGGUCACUACGACAUGACCCAGUACGCGUCGAGUCUACUCAAGAAAUCACGAUCGUUCGAAAGAAAAGCACAGAACAGCACGAGAUCUCAGGUUCCCUGACCAUCCCGUUUGAGGAUGUGUACCUCUGCCCGAAGAGUCCCGGCGAUAUCAAUUUCGAACUCACACACGAUGAUAUGCGUGGAAUCGCCACGAGUGUCUGGAAGAGUCUCGAUUUUCACAUGAAGAAUCGCGCUCGUCGCAAGAAGUAA